AGGCAUUGAUUCUUGAAUUCAAAGGCCCCACAUUUUCUUACUUCCAUUUAUCGCAACUACUUCUCACGCCUUCCCCACCAACCUCGCCUUCUCUAUAAGCCUUCUACCUCACUAAGCUACGCCUCUCUCUAUCGUGCGCACUGGAGUCAACAGAGCUCCCUGAAUUCUUGAAUCCCUUUUCUUCUUUCUUUUAUAGAUCUCGAUCUCGCGAGGAGAUCGAGAGAUCUGGUGGGUGAGGAAUGGCGAGGAAGAAGAUCAGAGAGUACGAUUCGAAGCGGCUGUUGAAGGAGCAUCUGAAGAGGCUUGCAGGGAUUGGAUUGGAGAUAUGCUCUGCUCAGGUAACGGAAGCGACGGACUUUGCUGAAUUAACGAACAAAGAGCCAUGGCUUUCCUCGACGAGACUAGUCGUAAAGCCUGACAUGUUGUUCGGGAAGCGCGGGAAGAGUGGAUUGGUGGCCCUCAACUUAGAUCUAGCUCAGGUUGCUCAGUUCGUGAAAGAACGCCUUGGCGUUGAGGUUGAGAUGGGUGGUUGCAAGGCGCCUAUAACCACAUUCAUCGCCGAGCCAUUCGUCCCCCACGACCAAGAAUAUUACCUCUCGAUUAUGUCUGAAAGACUUGGUUGCACCAUUAGCUUUUCAGAAUGUGGGGGAAUCGAGAUCGAGGAGAAUUGGGACAAGGUUAAGACCAUCUUUCUCCCUACCGAGAAGCCUAUGACUUCCGAGGCAUGCGCACCACUGAUUGCCACACUUCCCUUGGAGGUUCGAGGGAAAAUUGGGGACUUCAUUAGAGGAGUUUUUGCAGUAUUUCAAGAUCUAGAUUUCACUUUCCUGGAGAUGAAUCCAUUUACAUUGGUUAAUGGGGAGCCAUACCCAUUGGAUAUGCGUGGCGAACUGGAUGACACAGCUGCCUUUAAGAACUUUAAAAAGUGGGGGAACAUCGAGUUUCCACUGCCUUUUGGAAGAGUCCUGAGCCCUUCAGAAAGCUUCAUCCAUUCACUGGAUGAAAAGACAAGUGCCUCCUUGAAAUUCACAGUUUUAAACCCCAAAGGCCGCAUCUGGACUAUGGUAGCUGGAGGGGGUGCAAGCGUUAUCUAUGCUGACACUGUUGGCGAUUUGGGUUAUGCAUCAGAGCUUGGGAAUUAUGCAGAGUACAGUGGGGCUCCAAACGAGGAUGAGGUUUUGCAAUAUGCUAGAGUUGUUAUUGACUGUGCUACUGCUGAUCCUGAUGGUCGUAAGAGAGCCCUUCUCGUUGGUGGCGGCAUAGCUAACUUCACUGAUGUUGCUGCUACUUUUAAUGGCAUUAUUCGGGCCCUGAGGGAGAAGGAAUCCAAGCUAAAGGCGUCCAGAAUGCACAUCUAUGUUCGAAGAGGUGGUCCAAACUAUCAGACUGGUUUGGCCAAGAUGCGGGCUCUGGGAGUGGAGCUAGGAGUUCCACUUGAGGUCUAUGGGCCUGAGGCUACAAUGACUGGAAUCUGCAAGCAAGCGAUCGAUUGCAUCAUGUCGGCUGCAUGAGUCUCUCCGUUUCUUAUCACUCUCUUCCUUUGUUUCUAGAAUUCCUUGGUAGCUGCGAAAGUAAUUGAACUCGACGAUGCUGUUGUUUGUUUUUGCAUGUAUGCAGAGUUGCUUUGUAAUAACUGAAACAUCUCUCGUUAGUGGUAUACCAGUUCUCUUUUGGGGCAUUUUACUGCCAGAAA